AUGACCUCAAACCUGACCUUAAACCUGACCUCAAACCUGACCUCAAACCUGACGUCAAAACCUGACCUCAAACCUGACCUCAAACCUGACCUGAAACCUGACCUGAAACCUGACCUCAAACCUGACCUCAAACCUGACCUCAAACCUGACCUCAAACCUGACCUCAAACCUGACCUCAAACCUGACCUCAAACCUGACGUCAAAACUGACGUCAAACCUGACGUCGAACCUGACCUCAAAGCUGACCUCAAACCUGACCUCAAACCUGACCUCAAACCUGACCACAAACCUGACCUCAAACCUGACCUCAAACCUGACCUCAAACCUGACCUCAAACCUGACCUCAAACCUGACCUCAAACCUGACGUCAAACCUGACGUCAAACAUGACCUUAAUCCUGACCUCAAACCUGACGUCAAACCUGACCUCAAACCUGACCACAAACCUGACCUCAAACCUGACCCCAAACCUGACCUCAAACCUGACCUCAAACCUGACGUCAAACCUGACGUCAAACAUGACGUCAAACCUGACCUCAAACCUGACCUCAAACCUGACCUCAAGCCUGACCUCAAACCUGACCUCAAACCUGACCUCAAACCUGACGUCAAACCUGACGUCAAACCUGAUGUCAAACAUGACCUCAAACCUGACCUCAAACCUGACCUCAAACCUGACCUCAAACCUGACCUCAAACCUGACCUCAAACCUGACCUCAAACCUGACCUCAAACCUGACCUCAAACAUGACGUCAAACCGGACCUCAAACCUGACCUCAAACCUGACCUCAAACCUGACGUCAAACUUGACGUCAAACCUGACCUCAAACCUGACCUCAAACUUAACGUCAAACCUGACGUCAAACCUGACAUCAAACCUGACCUCAAACCUGACCUCAAACCUGACCUCAAACCUGAACUCAAACCUGACCUCAAACCUGGCGUCAAACUUGACGUCAAACCUGACCUCAAACCUGACCUCAAACCUGACCUCAAACCUGACCUCAAACCUGACGUCAAACCUGACGUCAAACAUGACGUCAAACCUGACCUCAAACCUGAUGUCAAACCUGACCUCAAACCUGACGUCAAACCUGACCUCAAACCUGACGUCAAACCUGACGUCAAACCUGACGUCAAACCUGACCUCAAACCUGACCUCAAACCUGACCUCAAACCUGACCUCAAACCUGACCUCAAACCUGACCUCAAACCUGGCGUCAAACUUGACAUCAAACCUGACCUCAAACCUGACCUCAAACCUGACCUCAAACCUGACGUCAAACCUGACCUCAAACCUGACCAUAAUCCUGACCUCAAACCUGACCUCAAACCUGACCUCAAACCUGACCACAAACCUGACCUCAAACCUGACCUCAAACCUGACCUCAAACCUGACCUCAAACCUGACCUCAAACCUGACCUCAAACCUGACCUCAAACCUGACCUCAAACCUGACCUCAAACCUGACGUCAAACCUGACGUCAAACAUGACCUUAAUCCUUACCUCAAACCUGACGUCAAACCUGACCUCAAACCUGACCACAAACCUGACCUCAAACCUGACCUCAAACCUGACCUCAAACCUGACCUCAAACCUGACGUCAAACCUGACGUCAAACAUGACGUCAAACCUGACCUCAAACCUGACCUCAAACCUGACCUCAAACCUGACCUCAAACCUGACCUCAAACCUGACCUCAAACCUGACGUCAAACCUGACGUCAAACCUGAUGUCAAACAUGACCUCAAACCUGACCUCAAACCUGACCUCAAACCUGACCUCAAACCUGACCUCAAACCUGACCUCAAACCUGACCUCAAACCUGACCUCCAACCUGACGUCAAACCUGACGUCAAACCUGACGUCAAAUAUGACCUCAAACCUGACCUUAAACCUGACCUCAAACCUGACCUCAAACCUGACGUCAAAACCUGA